UGGAAUUCUUUAGCGGUUGUUGAUUACUUUGUUGACAUCCACCACGGUGCUGACGCUCUGCUGGCUCAAUUGUCGAUUUAAAUGGCUUCGAAUUACCGGAAACCAGUUCCCUCGGCUAGCCAAAAGAAAAAGGCAGCUCCCAAAAUCGAACUGACUGCAGAGCAAAAACAAGAAGUUAAAGAGGCUUUUGAUCUGUUUGACACAGAUGGCACCGGCACCAUAGACGUAAAAGAGCUCAAAGUUGCAAUGCGAGCUCUUGGGUUUGAACCAAAGAAAGAGGAAAUCAGGUCGUUGGUUGCAGGUAUUAGUAAAGAAUCGUCUGGAACAAUUGACUUCAACGAUUUUCUCAGUAUUAUGACACUGAAAAUGAAUGAGAAGGACUCCAAAGAAGAAAUUAUGAAGGCUUUUCGGCUGUUUGAUGAUGACUGCACAGGCAAAAUCUCGUUCAAAAACCUAAAGAGAGUGGCCAAGGAGCUGGGGGAAAACCUGACAGAUGAAGAGCUGCAGGAAAUGAUUGACGAGGCAGACCGAGAUGGAGACGGUGAGGUCAGCGAGCAGGAGUUCUUAAGAAUAAUGAAGAAGACCAACCUGUACUGAACCCCUCGAGUGUGUUACAGUCUGUUACUUGUGCCUUUUGCAAUGCUCACCUUUGAUACUGUCAAUAGUUUUUACUGGAAUGGAGGUUUGUAAAUAAAUAUUUCUUUAUCUUUGCAUAGAUCUUUUGCUACAGUUCAAUAAAUAUAUUUCAUCAGAGC